AUGGCAGUAACCAGACUGGAAGUCCACUCCAUUCGACCUUUUGCCGGUGGGUCCAUUUUCGGCGAAACAGGGCCCUAUCGGCAGAUUGACGGCCUGGUCCACUUGGCCGUAGACCCCGAUAACCCGGCCAACGAGGUUAUCACCGAUAUCAAUCUGGCCCCUCGAGAUGCAGCGGGCCGGGUCCAUUGCUCUGCCGACUUCACCAUCCUGCAGCCCGAAGACCCAUCGCGAGGCAGCCACCGCAUCGUCUUCGACGUGGUGAACCGGGGCAACCCGACUAUAUUGACCAACCUGAACAGCGCCGGUCAGCGGCUGGGAGCGGGCAACGGCUUCCUGAUGCGCCACGGCUACACGGUGGUCUGGUGCGGCUGGCAAUACGAUGUGCCGCCCGGCACCCCGACACUGGUCAAGGCCUACGUGCCAGAAGCGUUGAACCCCGACGGUUCCUCCAUUUCCGGCAGGAUUGCCAUUGGCUUUCAGCCCCACGCAGUUACCUGCACACACACGCUGGCCGACCGGCUGCACAGGCCGCAUCCCACCUCCGACAUCGACGACCCCGAUGCCACGCUGGUAGUCCGGGAACAUCAGGACGGUCCGGCCGAGGCAAUACCCCGCGACCAGUGGUCCUUCGCCCGCCUCGACGGGGAGGAAGUAGUGGCCGACAGCCGUUCCGUUUACCUCGCCGCUGGCUUCCAGCCGGGCAAGGUGUACGAGAUCACCUACACCACUACCGGGGCCGACGUGGUCGGCAUGGGUAUGCUGGGCCCCCGCGACCUGGUUUCCUUCCUGCGCUACGGUUCGGCGGAAGCUGGCAACCCCUGCGCCGGCGACAUUGAGUACGCCUUCACCUUUGGACGUUCCCAGAGUGGCGGCUUCCUGCGCCGGUUCCUUUACUGCGGCCUGACCCAGGACGAGGAAGACCGGCCCGUGUUUGAAGGGCUGAUACCCCUGGUGGCCGGCAGCGGUCGCGGCGAGAUGAACCAGCGUUUCGGACAGCCUUCCACGCCAGCCCGCCCAAGCGCCGGACGCAGUUUUCCCUUCCAUGACACGCUGCAGACCGACCCCGAUUCGGGCCGCACCGACGGCCUGCUGGCCCGCCUGGACGCGGCAGGCAAGACGCCCAGAGUGCUGUUGACCAAUACUUCAGCGGAGUACUGGAGCGGGCAUGCCUCCCUGAUUCAUACCACCAUGGACGGUACAGCGGACUUGGGCCCGUCCGACAAUGUGCGGAUAUACCACUACGCCGGCACCCAGCACGGACCGGGACAGCUCAACCUGUUUGACGUGGACGUGCGCGAGGGUCCCAGGGGGCAGCAGUUGGACAACUCGGUGGACUACCGGCCCCUGUUGCGGGCAGCGUUGAAGAACGUGGAACGAUGGGUAACGGAAGGCAGUGAACCACCGGCCAGCCGCCACCCUCGACUGGACGAUGGCACAGCAGUACCGGCGCCCAAUUUGGAGGCCACCUUCCGCGCAAUCCCGGAGGUCAACUUCCCCGAGGUGCUGAAGCACGUUUACCGUGCCGACUUCGGACCGGAGGCGCAUAACGGGCUGGUGCAACCGGCCCCUGGAUCGGGCGAGCCCUACCCCAACUUCGUGCCAGCCGUGGACAGCGACGGGAACGAGGUAACCGGCAUCCGGUUGCCCGACGUGACUGUGCCCUUGGCCACCUACGCCGGUUGGAACUUGCGACAUCCGGACAGCGGCGCGCCCGGCCAGAUCAUGCCGCAGAUCGGCUCAACUAUUCCUUUCCCUGCUACCCGGGCCGAUAGGGAAGCCAGCGGAGACCCGCGCCUCUCCAUUGAGGAGAGGUACGCCUCCCGCGAGGAAUUCCUGGAUAAGGUACGGCAGGAAGGGGAGAAGCUGGUAGCUGAAGGUUACAUGCUGGCAGAAGAUCUGGACACUGUGAAGGAACAGGCCAGUCAGCGCUACGAUUCCCUGAUCGCCAGGAGGAGCGAAGUGCCUGCGGCGACGGAUGAUUAG